UCCCCCCUCCCCCAUCCCUAAUAUUCUCUUCUUCCCUAGUCUAAACGUGCAAGGAUGAGCUUCCUACACCCCAUCCCUUUGGCAGCUUCUCCUGUUCUUUCCUUUUCCACCGUCCACAGGAAACUGGAGCGUGUUUAUCCCCAAGGGUGAUAUCCCGUUAGUGCCUGUCCCACGUUCUGGCUGAAGUAGCUGUCUUAAGGUGGAGGCGUCCAAAAAUCCGUGCCGUUUGGGGAGCAAUGUUUCCUGGAGUGGGAUGGACAAGGUGGGAAGAGAGGAAAAUGAGCAAACCACUUCUGACGGACAGCGGGUGUGUGAGCGUGUGGGAGUGCUUGGGUUGUCCUCGCCCAGCUCUCCUUCCCCGGAGGGAGAAUGGCUGGAGGGGGGCUGGUGGUUGCCAGGAGGAUCCCCUCUCUUUUGCUAAACCUGCGGGUACCGGGCUGCCCUGUAAUCGGCGGGACUUGAGAACGGCAGGCCUCCGCUCCUCCUCCCCAGGGGCCAUGACCCUCACACACCUCCCCACACCACCCCUCCCGCGACACACACGCAGUACUUGGGGCGACUGGGCGCCACUCCCACGCCAGAGCCCUGCCCCGCGCCCGCCUGGGGCCGAGCAGCCUGGCCCCUUGUCUUGCACCCCCACCCCCCGCCCGCUGCCGAGGCUCCAGAUGGCUUCUCCUUGCGCUCGGCUCGCGGCCCCCAGACGCCGCCCGGCAGCAGCCGGCGGUCGCUCCCUCCCUCCCAGCUGCUGCAGCAGAGACCGGGGCCAUUUCGCGAGGCGGACGGGCUCCUCGGCAGGCUCCGAUUGGGGUGGGAGCGCGGCCGCCGAGGGGCCCGCAGUAGCUGCGCUCACGGGGAAGGAGCCCCACAGUCCCCAGAUACUAUCAAAUCAGCCUGGGAAGCAGCUUUUCGCUCAGCAAGUUCAAGAGAACAAAUAUGUUACAAUCCUUGCCUAUUCUUGCCUCCACUUCAUAAUGAGUAGAGAAUUGAACUGUGAAAAAGAAGCCCGAGAUUCCCCAGCGACGUGGUGUUGCAGCCCCGUUGAAGGAGUCAACUUGCAGGCUGUUAAAGACCUCAAGUCAUUAGCAUCAGCUGCUGCACUAAAGGGGCAAGUCAGCGCCUCUAAGUGGCUUAGCGCACAAACGAGGCUCCCGAGACGGCCUCGGCAACUCCAUCCCCUCCUCCACCACCCGCUGGAUGUGAAAAGCUUUCCGGAGCCCAUCUUGGAAGAGCCUAAAAGGCGGCAACACCAACACCUCUUGACAUGGAAAUACACUGAUACAAUAGGCAAAAGGAAACACUCGAUUGCAUCUUCCCGGUUCCAGGUGGCCUUAUUUGGGAGAUUCUAUACUGACCUUAUUCCUGUGAUGGAGGAUACUGGCAUCCAGCGAGGCAUCUGGGAUGGAGAUGCCAAGGCUGUCCAACAAUGUCUGACAGAUAUUUUUACCAGCGUUUACACCACCUGCGACAUCCCUGAGAAUGCUAUAUUUGGUCCCUGUGUCCUGAGCCAUACUUCCCUAUAUGACAGCAUAGCUUUCAUAGCUCUCAAGUCUACUGACAAGAGAACAGUACCGUAUAUCUUUCGGGUAGACACCUCAGCAGCAAAUGGUUCCUCAGAAGGUCUCAUGUGGCUGCGGUUGGUCCAAUCGGCCAGAGAUAAGGAAGAGCAGAACCUUGAAGCCUACAUAAAAAACGGACAGCUGUUCUACCGCUCUCUCCGCAGGAUUGCCAAAGACGAGGAGUUACUAGUUUGGUACGGGAAAGAACUGACUGAGUUACUCUUGCUCUGCCCCUCUAGAUCCCACAACAAAAUGAAUGCAGGGUCGUCCCCUUACACAUGCCUGGAAUGCAGCCAACGUUUCCAGUUUGAGUUCCCCUAUGUGGCGCAUCUGCGUUUCCGCUGCCCCAAGAGACUUCACAGCGCUGAUAUAAGUCCCCAAGACGAGCAAGGCGGCGGCGUGGGCACCAAGGACCACGGGGGCGGCGGCGGCGGUGGCAAAGACCAGCAGCAGCAGCAGCAGGAGGCACCUUUAGGCCCGGGUCCCAAGUUUUGCAAAGCCGGCCCCCUCCACCACUACCCAUCCCCCUCCCCGGAAAGCAGCAACCCACCCGCUGCCGCCGGCGGCAGCAGCGCGAAGCCAUCCACAGACUUCCACAACCUGGCCAGGGAGCUGGAAAACUCCCGGGGAGGCAGCAGCUGCUCCCCAGCCCAGAGCCUCAGCAGCGGUAGCGGCAGCGGCGGCGGCGGCGGCCACCAGGAGGCGGAGCUGAGUCCCGACGGCAUCGCCACGGGCGGCGGCAAAGGAAAGAGGAAAUUCCCGGAGGAGGCGGCGGAGGGCGGCGGUGGCGCUGGUCUGGUAGGGGGCCGGGGCCGCUUCGUAGAGCGGCCCCUCCCGGCCUCCAAGGAGGAUCUGGUGUGCACACCGCAGCAGUAUCGAGCCUCGGGCAGCUACUUCGGCCUGGAAGAGAACGGCCGCCUCUUCGCGCCGCCAAGUCCCGAGACGGGCGAGGCGAAGCGCAGCGCCUUCGUGGAGGUGAAGAAGGCUGCCCGCGCGGCCAGCCUGCAGGAGGAGGGGACAGCCGACGGCGCGGGAGUCGCCUCCGAGGACCAGGACGCUGGCGGCGGCGGCGGCUCCUCCACGCCCGCGGCCGCGUCACCAGUGGGCGCCGAGAAGCUGCUGGCCCCGCGGCCUGGGGGCCCGCUGCCCAGCCGGCUCGAGGGCGGCAGUCCUGCGAGGGGCAGCGCCUUCACUUCGGUGCCGCAGCUGGGCAGCGCGGGCAGCACCGGCGGUGGGGGCGGAACGGGCGCCGGGGCCGCAGGCGGCGCGGGCGGGGGCCAGGGCGCCGCGUCGGACGAGCGCAAAAGCGCCUUCUCGCAGCCAGCACGCUCUUUCUCGCAGCUGUCCCCGCUGGUGCUGGGCCAGAAGCUGGGCGCGCUCGAGCCAUGCCACCCCGCCGACGGCGUGGGCCCCACCAGACUCUAUCCCGCCGCCGCGGACCCUCUAGCGGUGAAGCUCCAGGGGGCCGCGGACCUGAACGGAGGUUGCGGGUCCCUGCCGAGCGGCGGCGGCGGCCUGCCUAAGCAGAGCCCCUUCCUGUACGCCACCGCCUUCUGGCCCAAGAGCUCCGCUGCCGCUGCAGCCGCGGCUGCGGCGGCGGCCGCGGGGCCCUUGCAGCUGCAGCUGCCCUCGGCGCUCACGCUGCUGCCGCCCUCCUUCACCUCGCUGUGUCUGCCCGCGCAGAACUGGUGCGCCAAGUGCAAUGCCUCCUUCCGCAUGACCUCCGACCUGGUGUACCAUAUGAGGUCGCACCACAAAAAGGAGUAUGCGAUGGAGCCCUUGGUGAAGCGGCGGCGAGAGGAGAAACUCAAGUGCCCCAUCUGCAAUGAGUCCUUCAGGGAGCGCCACCACCUCUCCAGGCACAUGACCUCGCAUAAUUGACUCGGAAAGGACCCCAGCUUUCCACGCGCGCGCAAGCACAGUUAAGCCACCUGCAGGAAUAAACACGCGAGAACAUCCACCGCUUCCUUGCACCCCGAAACACUGCACAAAGACACAUACAUUCACCCCCCCCCCCCCCACGCGCACACACACGUCCUCUCCUCCCAGGAACCUCAUUCAAAUAUUUACCCGGGACACCCCCCCCCCCCACACACACACACAGACACACUCACACACAAGAGCUAGGAUGGUGGAGUUUUGAUUGGGUGGGUUGUUUGAGGGGGUUUUCUUUUGAAUGCACGCAUUUUCACUUUCCCCAAAACAAAGGUACAUUUUUUAAAAUGUCAUAUAUUGCAACAUAUUGAUGCAUUUGUCAUACGUUUCUACUUAAACUAUUAAGCACUUACGAUUUAGAUGUAAUAAUUAUAUGUAAGGGCAAAAUUUAUUUUAGAUAUAAAGUAAAGGAGGAGGGUGAGAUGCUUUCUGCAUUUCUUGAUGACAGUUUGUGUUCUUACAAAAAUAAACAAAAUGAAUAAAAAGGGAUCACCAUUCAAUUUGAGUUUCCAGGGGGAAGUGCAUGUAUAAUGAAAUGAUAAUGGACUUCAAUGAAGAAUGUCAUCAAUUAUGUACAUAUGUAUUUUCUUUUAAUACAAAGUGUAAUUUUGUGCCAGUGAAAUGGAGUCUGAAUAGUUAUGUGUUUCUUUUAUCCCUGGAAAUAUUUAUUAAACUUUAUAGUUUAUCCGAGUA